CGGUAACUCUUGGCUGUCUGUCUGCGAAUGCACAGAUUGCAGAGAUGGUCGCCCUCGCUCGCGACGGCCAUCCUACUGCUUGUGCACGCUGCUGCCAUUGCGUUAUUUGCCCGCGGGUUUCUACUCGCCAGAAUCGAAGUUCCCAAUCGCAGUAGCAGCGAUGAUUUUGCACAGCUCCGAAGUGCGUUCGCCGCGCGUCAGACAGGUGGUGCUGGUGAUGACGACCAGCUGAGCGAGCGACUGAUUGGCGCGUUGGACGAUCGCCUAGCAUCCGACAAAGCAACAAGCCUGCCCAAGCAGAACGAUCCAAGCACACGAGGAUGGCUGGAUGGCGAUGGAGCGUCGUCGCAGCAGCAGCAGCGGCAGGAGCAGGACCAUCCAGCGCUCAUUCUGAUUGUGAUUGACGCGUUGCGGUACGACUUUGCCGCACCGUGCGAGCCGACUGCCCCAUCGCACAGUGAUGAUGCACAGACCAGUAAUAUUCCUCACGCGCGUUUUCCGCCGUGCGACCCGCAGGCGCCGUACACGGGCCAUCUGACUGCGAUUCGCGACAAGCUCGCUGAACAUCCGAAUCGCGCGCGUCUGUUUCGGUUUCGCGCAGAUCCGCCCACAACGACGCUGCAGCGCCUCAAGGGACUAACCACGGGCAGUCUUCCGACGUUUGUGGACGCGGGAUCGAAUUUUGCCAGCGGCAGCAUUGGCGAGGAUAACUGGAUUGACCAGCUCGCCGAAAGCGACAAGUCCAGCCGAGCUCGCACUGGUCCGACGUCGACGCCGGCUCGAAACGGACUACUCUUCCUCGGAGACGACACAUGGAUGAACCUGUUCCCUCGCUCAUUUCGGCAGGCACACCCGUUUCCAUCGUUCAACGUGCACGAUCUGCACACGGUCGAUCACGGUGUCGAACAAAUCCUGCUUCCCCUGCUCCAACAGCGCAACUACCAGACCCAAGAUGCUCAUGAUGGUGACAACAGCGAAAACUAUCGAGCGAUUGUGGCCCACUUUCUCGGUGUCGAUCACGCGGGCCACACCUUUGGACCGUACGUGCCCGCCAUCAACGCCAAGCUGCAUGAAAUGAACGGCGUCAUCCGCGAAGCGAUUGCCGCAAUCGACCACAAUCCACGCUUCAAGGACACGCUGCUCGUUGUUUGCGGAGACCACGGCAUGACGCGUGAAGGCGAUCACGGCGGGGACAGUUUGGACGAAACGGACGCAGCCUUGUUUGUGUACUCGACGCGCGGCUGGGCGCCACCACAGCUCGCAUCAGAGGGUUUGGCCUCUGACGUGACGACUGUGCGCCAAAUUGAUCUGGUGCCAACAUUGUCUCUCCUGCUGGGCAUCCCAAUUCCGUUUGGCAAUCUCGGGGCCGCCAUCCCAGAAUUGCUCCCCGCAAAUCUAGAGACGCGAGAUUGGUGGCUGACACUGAACGCAGUACAAGUCCACCGGUACAUGCUCACGUACGCAUCAGUCUCGAGCGACUUGUCGCCCAGCACGGUUGCUGCCAUUCGCAAGCAACUCGAGCACGCCCAUCGCUCUGUCUGGACCAGGUCCCAGCAACAGCUUCCACACUGGGUGGAUGUCCGGACGCACCCGUACUAUGUCUAUCUACAAACAGUCCAGGAGUUGUGCCGCGAGACCUGGGCACGGUUUGAUACAAACAGCAUGCAGCUGGGCAUUGCGCUCGCCGUUGUUUCUGCGCUUCCGCUGCUAGCGGUUGUGUUUGUGCUCGCGCCCGUUCGCCUUCACGAUUUGCCCGCUUUCGUGUUGACUGCAAUUCUUUUAUUCGGAACGACUUCGAAUAGCUUCGUCGUCAACGAGAGCUUCACCUUUCCCUUCGCAUUCGCGCUACUCGUGCUGCUAGCACUGGGCCAGUGCAUCUCUCACUCGAUGACGAUGCGCGGGUUCAAGCCGUUGCGCCCAAUUGCCUGGGCCGUGGCCGGCCUGGUUUUACUCCGUCUAUGCCUGGAGACAUGCUUGGUUUGUCGAGAAGAGCAAUCCUCGCCGCAGUGCGCGAGUCUGCAGCAAGUCCAACCUGGCACAUUUGUGUACGAUUACGCAUUUACCUUGACCUUUGGAGUUCCAUGCCUGCUGUGGCUGCUGUACGCUUGCAAAACGCGCGAUUGGGCAAGGCGCAAUCGAUCGAUGCUGUUUUGCGCUGUUUUGUGUGGCCUUUUGCUCUGGGCGGGAGUCGAGACUGAUAUCCAGCAACACAAUAGCCAGGUGGCAGGACUUCAGCAAGGAGAACGCAACAAUGAUGGAGUUGCUGCGGGCAGUCUGUGGUGGGUCAACGCAGCGAUUCGACUGCUGUACGGUGGGCUGAUGGCUGGUCUACUGGUGCUGCGUUUCGCUCGUCAAGUACAUUCGAAGUACAUCCUGAGCGGCAUUUACAUUUGCUGCAGUCUCUGGGCCGGACGGUAUUUUGCGAUUGCCGUGCUAUACUGUGGCCUCUCCAUUUUCUGUUUGGGCGCUGCUGUUCGUGCGUUGCAUCCUCCCAGUGCACCACGACCUCCAACCUCCGUCGUGAGCUCGAGCGCUGUUCCCGGUUAUCCCGCUUCCUCUGCUGCGAUCAACAACACCGUGGCGCAUUCGUGGACGCUUCCAGUUCUGCUUUGGCUCGGUGGUUGGACUCUCUUCUUCUCGAUUGGGCAUCAGAAAACCUUUAGCACCCUGCGAUGGACUGCGCCGUUUGUAGGCUUUGAUGACGCUGAUAUGGUGCGCUCGGGAACCAUGAUCUUCCUCGAAGCAUUUGCAGGAAUGGCAGUCUCCGCUCUGGGUGCUGUGGCCCUUCCGAAGGCGUUCGCAUCCUUCCGAAGCACGACCGUGGCCGAGCCGCCGUUGCGAUUGCUGUUGCAGACCCACACAAUCCAUCACCUGCACCUCAUCAUCGUUCUGGUGACGGCAAUGAUGCACCGUCGGCAUCUCAUGGCAUGGAAGAUUUUCGCUCCAAACUUUUUGUUUUCAGCCGCCGCGAUUUUGGCAUUUGAUGUAUUUGCGCUCUUCUUUGGUCAGCAAAGUUGAAUGCCAUUAAACUGCAGGUAGUUGCAGAUAAAGAUGCACUGCGAUCGCGGGCCAUGCAUCACAACCCAACAAGCUCAAACCCCAUUCAGGCGGUGAAAACCCAGGUGUCAACUUUUUCCAACCGCCCCCUCCUCCUCCCAACAACGGAUUCUCGAGUCGGCAAUACCGACUCGACGUCUGAGGUUUGAAUGAAC